GGUGGCUGGCAGGUGGUGAAACUGCCCCGGAUGCUCUACCCGCAGCCCCAGGUGCUGACACCCACGAGGACGGAUGUCCUGGUCCUGACCCCCUGGCUGGCCCCCAUCGUCUGGGAGGGGACAUUCAACAUCCACAUUCUCAACGAGGAGUUCCGGCUCCGGAACGCCACCGUCGGACUGACCGUGUUCGCCCUCAAAAAGUACGUGGCCUUCCUGAAGCUGUUCCUGGAGACGGCGGAGCAGCACUUCAUGGCGGGGCACCGCGUCACCUACUACGUGUUCACCGACCGGCCGGCCGACGUGCCCCACGUGCCGCUCGCACCCGGCCGGCGCCUGGAGGUGCUGGAGGUCCCCGCCUCAAAGCGCUGGCAGGACGUGUCCAUGCGGCGCAUGGAGAUGAUCGGCCGCGCGUGCGAGCAGCGCUUCCGGCGCGAGGUGGACUACCUGGUGUGCGCGGACGUGGACAUGCGCUUCGCUGACCACGUGGGCGUGGAGAUCCUGGCCCCGCUCUUCGGCACCCUGCACCCCGGCUUCUACGGGGCAGCCCGCAGGUCCUUCACCUACGAGCGCCGGCCAAAGUCGCGGGCCUACAUCCCCUGGGACCAGGGCGACUUCUACUACAUGGGCGCCUUCUUCGGGGGGUCGGUGGCCGAGGUGCAGCGGCUCACCACGGCCUGCCACCGCGCCAUGGGGGAGGACAAGGCCAACGGCAUCGAGGCCGUGUGGCACGACGAGAGCCACCUGAACAGGUACCUGCUGGACCACAAGCCCACCAAGGUGCUGUCCCCGGAGUACAUGUGGGACGAGCAGCUGCUGGGCCGGCCGGCCGUCAUGAAGAAGCUGAGGUACGUGGCCGUGCCCAAGAACCACCAGGAGAUCCGGGGCCCUUGAGGGGACCCGCCCACGA